AUGGGUAUUGUGAGAGAAAGUCUGAUUCUUAUGAUUUUCGUGGCCGUAGUGGCUAUAACUAUAAGCGAUGCAGUACCAUUUGAUACAUAUUAUCAACCCUUAUGGGGUCCUGAUCAUUUCACUGUCACUGGUCAAGGCAAAGAAGUCCAACUUCUUAUUGAUUCCUCUUCUGGUGGGUCUGGAUUUAAAUCAAAACAAGAAUAUUGUUCCGGGAUAUUUAGAAUGCAAAUAAAGAUAUCAUACAAGUUAACAGGAGGAGUUAUUACUUCUUUUUAUCUAAUAUCUGGAGGAGAGGCUAUCGGAAAUCACGAUGAAAUUGACUUUGAAUUCCUAGGGACAAACGGGACCUUGCAGACAAAUGUGUUCGUAAAUGAUGAAGGUCAUAGAGAGGAGUUGAUUAAACUAUGGUUUGACCCCUCUCAAGACUUUCACACUUAUGAACUUAAUUGGAAUGCUAAGCAAAUCUUGUUCAAAGUGGAUGAAAUGACGGUAAGGACAUUCAAUUACCCCGGGAGCUACAUUCCGAGGCCUUUGCAUGUCGAGGCGACCAUUUGGAAUGUAUCAUGGGCUGGAACCGUGGAUUGGUCUAAGGCUCCUUUUACAUCAUACUAUCGAGGAUUCUACAUUGAUGGCACUCCCUGCAAAUAG